AUGCUCAGUAAACGUAUUUACAUUCAAUCAAGGAGGGCCAGGUAAUAAUCUUGGCUGGAAACGUUGAUAUUUUGCUUUAAAACAUGAUUUUAGGCUGUUUUUUGGGGUUUAACCUUGUUUUUUUGUUUUAAAACGUUUAAAUAUAGAUCAAACAUUAAGAGUUUUAGUCAGUUCUCUUGGGACGAAGUUCGAAAACAUUAUAAACACAAGUAUCAUAAUGGCACAAGUGAAAAGAAUGGCACAGGCCCACCUUUUCGAAUGGUACUACCUCCUCCAAACGUGACUGGUGUUCUUCACAUUGGUCAUGCUUUAACUGCCACGAUUCAAGAUGCGGUUUGUCGGUAUCAAAGGUUGAACAAUCGUCAUGUCGAAUGGGUUCCGGGGUUCGAUCAUGCUGGAAUCGCUACACAAACGGCUGUGGAGAAGAUGUUGUGGAAGACGAAGAGAAUCAGAAGGCAUGAGCUUGGGAACGAUGACUUUUUGGAGUAUUGUGAGCAGUGGAAGAGUAUGUAAGUUUUUUAGUUUUAUUUGUUUGGUUUUUAGGUAGUUUGAAGGAAGAUGCUAGAAUUUGUGGCUGUUCUUGUUAUAACGGCAUCAUGGGUAACAUAACUUUAAAAAUAGGUCUUUUUUUGGUUUGAUUCAUAACAUAACAUUAUAGCAAAACAAGUUAAUUUUAAAGUCCAUGAAAAAGAAAUCAGCAUUUUUUCGCUAUUGAGACAAAAGUUAUGGCUAUAUUGAGUUAGAUAUACGAAGGAUACGAGUUUGAUCAGAAAACUUGGGUUUAGGUAACAAAAAUGUCCAAAUUGUUUAUAGAACAUUAUUAAUGGUGUAAUAAAACAUCUUUUGUCAAAAUUUCAACUUUUUACAGCUAUUAGUUUUUGUGUUCUAGUGUUUGUUAUCUAAAAAGUCAAAAAAUCUUCAACUUCUGUAAAAAAUAUUUAAAUCGUGUCGAAAUUUUAACUAAACUUUACGUUUCAGACGAGAAAAAGAAAUAUCCAACCAACUUCGUCAAUUAGGAACGACAUUGGACUGGGGUAAUCCGUUCUACACUAUGAACAACAAGUUUAAACAUGCCGUGAACACUGCUUUUGUUCAGUUGGAACGUCAAGGUCUAAUAUAUCGUGAUAAGCGGAUUGUAAAUUGGUGUCCGGCAUUGAGAUCGACAAUCUCUAAUGAAGAAGUUGAUUUGAAACCGGUUGGGAAUAGUGUGACGAUACCUGAUGUUAAUGGAGGACAAAGAACGGUGAAGAUGGGCGUUUUGUACAAAAUUAGGUAUAAACUGGUAGAGCGGAGGAAAGGGUGAGUUUGGGUGCUUAAAACAUUGAAAUGAGUGUUGAUUUGAUUUAUAAGUGGCUUGGAGCUAACGAAAUAUAGCUUGAUAUACACAAAAAUUAUCUUUCGAUCACCUAUACCUAUGUUAAUAUGCCAUUUUAUAACAUUUUAGUGAGCCAGAAUACCUAGAAGUAGCUACAACAAGGCCAGAAAGUGUCUUUGCCGAUGCCGCAUUGGCAGUAAAUCCAAAUGACAGCCGGUUUUCUCAAUUUAUCGGCCGUUUUGUCAAGAAUCCAAUGUCAGAAAAGCAGAUUCCAGUGAUUACAAGUGGACUAGUGGAACCAGACUUUGGUACUGGAGUACUAAAAAUCACUCCAGCUUGUUCAACGGUCGACUAUAAAAUAUAUUCGGAAGCGGCCGAACAGGACAAGAAGUUGAUGGACUUGAUUCCGGUGACUGAUGAGGCUGGGUUCUUAAGUGAAUAUGCUGGACAGUUCAAGGGAAUUGAUAGGUUUAAGGCCAAGGAUAAGGUAAAUUAUGUUUUUUUUAUGUUUCUUUCUAGAUGGAAUGGACGUAUUUUACAAAAUGUUUUUUUGAAAAAGUGAAAAAUUGCAAGAACUUUCUUUACAAAACAAAAAAUAGCAAGAACUUUGUUUACAAAGCAUAAAAUUGCAAGAAAUUUCUUUACAAAGCAUAAAAUUGCAAGAACUUUUUACAAAGCAUAAAAUUGCAAGAACUUUCUUUCCAAAACCAGACUAAGAUAUUGCUUUAGGUAAUAAAGUACCUGAACCGAAUCGGGGCUUAUGGAGGAGAACAGUCAGUGGAGAAGACAGUGUUACCUAUUUGUAGUCGAUCUGGAGAUCUAUGUGAAGGUCGAUUAAUGGAUCAAUGGUUCUUGAAGACUGAAGAUCUGAGCUCUGAAGUUUUGAUGAGGCUUGAGAAGGGCGAAGUAAUUAUUUUAUAUUUAGGCUUAAUUUUAGAUUUUUUUAGGCUUAAAUAUUGAUUUUUAGGUUUUUAGGUUGAAUAAGGCUUACAAUCCGGCUUAAGUUAGGAAUAUUUUAAGCUGAAAGUUUGACUUUUGGCAUUUCUUAGGCUUAUGAAUGGUUUAGGCUUAUGUUAAGCCUAAAACAUAGUUUCUGUCAAUUUCAGAUUUAUAAGCCUAAAAAUUAAUUUAUAAGAGAUUAGGAUUAUAUCCCGCGUAAAAAUUAGUUUUUAGCAUUUUAGGCUUAUGUUAAGCCUAAAAGUUUACAGUGCUUACUUUAGGCUAAUAUUAAGCUUAAAACUGAAUUUUUGUUAACUUUAUGUUUAUAUAUAACCUAAAAAUCGGUAUUAGUGACCUUUAACAAAAAUUGGUUUGUUUUUGCCAUUUCAAGCCUAUAAAGCUCAUAAUUUCACUAUUUUCAGCUAAAAAUCGACCCAGAUUACGGUGAAAUCGCAUUGGAGAACUGGCUUCAGAAUCCAGAGCCAUGGUGCCUAAGCCGACAACUUCUUUGGGGUCACAGAAUCCCAUCCUUCAUAGACGAAAAUGGCAAAAUCACAGUAGCCACGUCAUUGGAAGAAGCCGAAAAGCUAACAGGAAUAGCCAAAGAAGACCUUAUUCAGGAUUCUGAUGUCCUGGACACAUGGUUCAGUUCAGCGUUGAUACCUAUUGUUGUGGCCGAAGAUUGGCCGGGAUUGUAUAGUAAUGGAGAUAAGAAUCAGAAUCCGUACGCAUUGAAUUUGAUGGAAACAGGACACGAUAUUACUGGAUUCUGGGUGGCUAGAAUGUUGAUUACCUGCUUUGGGUAAGAAGUUUUUGGUUGAAAAUUUUAUUGUAAAGAAAGUUAUUGCUAUUUUUUAUUUUGUAAAGAAAGUUCUUGCCAUUUUUUGUUUUGUAAAGAAAGUUUUUGCCAUUUUUUGUUAUGUAAAGAAAGUUCUUGCUAUUUUUUUCGUAAAGAAAGUUCUUGUCAUUUUCUGUAUUGUACAGAAAGUUCUUGCCAUUUUGCAUAUUAACAAUGACGUUCCAGCUUAACCGGAAGAUUGCCAUUCAACAGAAUCAGUCUGCACGGUAUGAUUCGAGAUUCAGAAGGCCAAAAGAUGAGCAAAUCGAAAGGAAAUGUGAUUGAUCCACUAUUCCUGAUCAAUGGAGCUAAGCUGAAGGAUAUGAUCAAGGACUUGGAGAACUCGAAUCUUCCGGAAGAGGAAUUGGGUAAGGGCUAAACUUAACAAUUAUGUUACGUCUAUUUCAAUGAUGGGAGGGGUAUUUUGGGCUGUUGAAGGGAGAAGGGAGUGGGUUAAUUUUUUAUAGAUUUUUUUAAGGACCACGGCCAUUUUUUAUGAAAAAAAUGUUUUUUGGGGGUGCAUUUACCCCGCCCAGUUCAGUUUUUUAACUAUGUAAACAUCGAUGUCUUGGCUAUGUUUUCAGCAAUUUUGAAGUGAUUUGGUAAAGGAAUCUUUGAGAUAUAACUAAAAUAAGAGCAUCAUCUCAUAUAUUAACCAUGACAAAAUUUGAAAAUCUUAUAAAAUGUUAAUCAACCAGCUUAAUUUUUUCAGAAUUAGCAAUUGAAUUAACAUCAAAACAGUACCCCAAAGGUAUUGCCAAGUACGGGCCGGACGUGCUACGCUUCGUACUCCUUCGACGCAACGUUCAAGCCAAGGAUGUGCCGGUCGAUUUGAUACCGUUGGCCGAAGAGGGCUACAAGUUUGGAAACAAGCUGUCCAAUAUGUCUAAAUAUGUGGAUAUGAUUUGUUCAAGUGAGCUGGUGCAUAAAAAUGGUGAUUUGAAUUAUCAAACUGAGGUAGGUGUAAUAAUAUUGAGAUUUGGACGGAAUGUAAAUAUUGAUUUUUUGGGUUUUUUUUUUGUAAAAUACGGCGAUCGCGUUCUUCUUUGAUUUUUGAACUUUGUGCUUAAUUGAGGUUUCAAUGGUCAUUUUGGUAAUGUGACAAAAUGUCACUAUUGAUUUUUUUUUAAUUUGGUAUUAUGUACCUUCAGACCAAAUCGGUACGGAUGUGACUGAACUAAACUGAUCUUUCAGGACAAAUGGAUACGAUCUCGACUCCAAAAAACUGUAAAAACAUUCCAAAUGAAUAUGGAAGAAUGUCAUACUCACACAGCAUUCGAAGCCGUAUUUCAGUUCAUUUUAAACGACUUUUGUGAUACUUAUCUGGUAUGUUGGUCUACAACAUUAUUUUUAGUCAUAUCUUAUUGUAUGUCAGCUUAUUUUUGAAAACUGUGUAUCAUAGGUAUACUGUAAUUUCUAGCGUAUUAUUUUUAUGAUUGUGUUAAAGUUUUAUUGCACCACCUUCCAGGAAUCGACCAAAAAAGCUUUCUGGGACAAGGAUCAAGCCCGUGUAUCGACCAUCAAGUCCGUAAUGGUCGAAUGCGUUGAGCUCUCACUGAAACUUUGGUCAACCUUCAUGCCAAUGAUAUCAAACUACAUCCUCGACCAUUCCAAGUUCCUAACAAAUCGACCGGUAAUCGAGUUCGACCAAAUUUUAAAAGAUUUCAACGAAUCCGAAGCAAACUCUCUGAAUUACGAUCUAAGAACGGCGCAGAACAUUGUAAGCACGGUGAGAGCGGCCCGAUCACGUCUCGGCAUCAGCGAUAGAACACCAUUCGCGGCUAGUAUAAUAUCGAAAAGUUUGGACGGAAAGUUUGUUGAGAAGUAUGGAAGAAUUGUUCAGAAUCUGGGUAAUGUCACGAUAGACAGGAUUCAGAAGGAAGAGGAGCACGGUGAAGAGAAUAUCAACGUUCUACCGGUGUCAGGAACGGAUUUAGUGCUGAUAUUACAAUUGGACAGUCAGGUAUGGGCUGUUGAUGAGUUUUUGAAUGGGCGGAUAAUUUUUUUUUUGAAUGGGCAGGGUAAAUUUUUUUUGGGAGUGGGAGGAUUUUUUUUUGAAAAUUUGAAAUCUUUUGUUUUUUGGUCGACGUUUAUUGAGGCAAAAAAAAUUUUUUUUAGGGCGGGUAAAAAAUUUUUUUUAUUUUUAGAUAACAAGUAAAAAACUUCAUUUCAGGACCCAGAAAUCAGCUCAAAAAUCCAUCAUCAGCUGAAAGAAAAGCUAAUCCAGUCCAAGAAACGCCUCGAAACCCUGGACGCUCUUAUCAAAAAGUACAGUAACUACGCUACGGUAAUCCAAGAGAAGCAGUCCAAAACGAAAGGUGAAGAGAAUCAGCUACGGAAACAUGAACGAAAACUGGCCCAAACCGAGCGGAACAAGCAAUCCCAGCUAGCCGAAUUCGAAAAGAUUUCGAAGUUAGUGGAGAGCCUAGAGAAACAAAAAAAAGAACGCGCAAAUUGA